AUGUAUUGCCAAAAGUGUCGCACACCUUUGACUCUUGAUGGGUCACUGGGCUCGUUGAACCCCACAGCGUUCGAGCUGCUCGUUAACUCUACGGGUAAAACAGUCUCUGAUCAAGGAGUUACUCCAUCGGCGAAUCGAUCCUCCAAUCCUCCGGAACGUCGUGAGAACUACGAACGAAAUACAAAUCAAUCCACGGCUCCCUACUACCGGCGUUCUCUACAAGGCCCGCGUGCUGGGGCCCCGCCUCACGCACCAGGGCUGACACGAGGGGAUAGCGGCAGCAUGUCUUUCGUCAUGCUCACAGAGUCCCAGUUUGGGCCUCCUGCAGUAGACACGUCCUCGCCCUCCCGUCUCCACCGGAGGAGCUCCCAACCACAGGACCCCAGCCAUGAGAACGGAUCUUUCUCAAGUCAAGUUGAGAAAGCCACUCGUCUCUUCGAAAUUGUCUCUGCCCGAUCGGACAUCGAUCAUCCCAUUUGCAUAGAAUGUACGGAUAUGCUGGUGGAUGGGUUGCAAAAGCGAUUAAACGCUUCCACAAAGGAGCGAGAUGCGUAUAUUGCGUUUCUUCGGACCUUGAAUGCUUCUGUCCCGUCAGGUGAGGAUAUUGAGGUGGCCGAGAAUAGUCUCAAAGAAAGCCUUCAGGCCGAAGAAGCAGCCUUCGCCGAACUACAAGCGCUCGAGCGAGAAAAAGCCUCACUCGAUGAAGAGAUCGCUGGUCUCGAAGAAGAGUCUCGACAGCUUGAUGCGGAUGAGGAAAGCUUUUGGCGGGCGCGGAACGGCUUCUCUCUCACCCUGGGGGAGUUUCAAACCGAACGGGAUGCACUGAACAUGCGUUACGACCAUGAUUCGCAACAGUUGGAGCGAUUACAACGGACAAAUGUCUACAAUGACGCGUUUUGCAUUGGCCAUGACGGCUAUUUCGGAACUAUCAAUGCCCUGCGUCUUGGCCGUCUGGCCAAUCCCUCGGUUGAAUGGCCCGAGAUUAAUGCGGCCUGGGGCCAGACCUGUCUUUUGCUUUCAACUAUUGCAGACCGGCUCAAUUUUCAGUUCCAAGGAUAUCGCCUGCGACCACUGGGGUCCACCUCCCGAAUUGACAAAAUUGAAUAUCCUGCUCAGCCUGCUGGACCAGCUGUUACUGACCGUGGCCCGCCCAAGAUCACCCAACUAGAUCUCUUUUCCUCGGGUGAUCUCCCGCUCAAUCUCCCUUGGCUCCACCGUCGCUUCGACAGCGGCAUGGUGGCGUUCUUGGAGUGUUUGCGUCAACUUGGUCAGUUCGUUGAAUCGACCCCAGCAUCCAUGGCCUCGCCACGGCGGGGUCAGCCUGGUACCACUACCCCCGGCGUGAGACUGCCCUACGAAAUCAAAAGAGACCGCAUCGGCGACGCUAGCAUCAAGCUUGGAUUUAACCAAAAUGACGAGACAUGGACGCGCGCGUGCAAGUAUACCCUGACUUGCUGCAAGUUUCUUCUUGCGCACACGAGCAAUGUUGCCAGCACGGGCUCCCAUUCGGCGGCCGUCGCCGCGGCGGCGGUAGCAGCUACUGACCCAGCAGCUCGACCCUCGUCCGCCUCAAGCCCCGCCAAGUCGCGGCCCUGA